GAUAGUAGUUGAAAUUAUCGGCAAUUCUGAUGUCAUUGCUCUUUCCUACUCUAGACACCAACCCUCCUAUUUUCUUAUACUAAUUCUAAAAUUUAAUUACAACCUUGUAUUGUCUCCUACAACCAGGAACAGUUACAAUCACUACAUUUAUCACUACAUACAUAUUUUUCCAUCCUUCACUUGUCAAUUUUUAUCCUCAACUUAGCCGUUCAUCCAGGGUUUGGAUCUGUCGACCAAUUAUGGACAAUGGCAAGCAGGAUCCGUCUGGGGAAGGCUCCGAUAAACAUGUCCAAGCUCCAUCACCAAAUAGUAUGAUGGAUCUUACAUUUUCCAGCCAGAACUUGAUUUCGUCUGCCGCUAGCUGUACAUCUUCCACCUUCGACUUAAUUCUUCCUAUCUCUUCUGUUGAAUCCUCGUCAAAUAAUGGGAAUCAGAGCGUCGCUUCUACUCGAUUCGAUCAUGCUUCUGAGACUUCAGAUUCGAUAGAUCGCAUAGCGUCGGCGGGUUCCUCGCUAGGAGUGGAGACUCUGGAGACUAUAGAUGAAAGAACUUUGCACCAGAGAAGUCAACAAAUAGAGAGACGAGGAAAGGAAGAGUUGGAGGGUGGUCCCGAGACUAGAGAGGAGGGGCAAAGAGCUCAAAAACGAAAAUGUGAAGACCAAGAAGAAAUAGAAAAUGGUGGUUCUCCAUCUAGGGAGAAGAGCAUAGGGACAAAAGACGAACAAAUCUCAUGCAAUAGCGAGGCCCAAGACUUACGUUUUCUACAAGAAAAUGAAGAUCAUAGGGAGAGCCUGGAGGAAAUUCUAAGGCGCAAGAGGAAUGCAAGAGCCCGACGACACAGACAAGAAAAGAAGGAGAAGCGGAAAAAUAUCAUGGACGGGGAUGAUAUGGCAAAGAAAAUGAGUUUACAGGCUGAAAUGGAACAACAAAGGCUUCGGCACAAUGACUUACAGCGAAAAAUUUACUGGAGAAAGAAAGAGGAGCAGGAGAUGCUUGAGAGGGAGGAGAUAUUGGAAAAGCUUGGGAUGUAUUUGAAUGCUAGAAAUUAAUUUGUAAUUCUGGGGAGUGAUGGGAUGAUGAUGAAGAUGCUUGAAAUUGGGGAAUGGAAGAGAAGGGGAGGGAGUUUGUCGAUUGGUUUGGGAAUUGGUAUUAGUAUGAAGAUUGGUAGGUAGA